AAUGUCAAACACCGUGUACGCCUCAGUUCUGCUAUAAAUAAUAUGUGUGCAGAGCAUGACUUCUCGAAUGAGCUCACACGCGGCGUUUUGCAGGCACUAACUCCGUCACUCUCAUAGCGCCACCUCCGGGAGGCCGAGAGUACGCGGUAUCUUUUUAUAAGCCUUCAAUUUGGGCAACUGGUUUGGAAUUUUGAGGACAAACUUCGGUGGGCUGUUUUAAAGCUACCUGAAGAGGCUGAUGUGUUUGUUUUGACGUUCUGCCUCGACCCUUGGACGGCGCGACAAAAGUAACAAGAGAACGUUUCCUCCUCCUCAGUCACCUGUGCAUUUACCGACCAAAGGAUUUAUUUCUCAUCAAUUAAGCCAGGGACUCCCUAAUUUUGCAUAACUUUGCAUAAAGCAAAACGUUCUACUCCCAAUUUGGUAUUUAGGGUACAUUAUUUGAUUCAUACAACCUACUUCAGUCCUUUUCAAAGCAGAAAUCAAACACGUUAACUCCGAGUAGCUGCCAGGAGGGAAAUGACAGUUGUUGGAAGGUUGCAGGAGAAACACCUGUCCUCUCCGAAUUCAGAAAUAUCUACGCUGGCUCUACCAGAAAAGGCAAAGGCAGUUGCUAUACAUUCCCUGCAAAAUGACAAAGGAGACUCAACUCAUGUCACUAGUCUUCCAUUGUCUUUGCUCCAGUUUCUCUCCCUACAACCCAGGCCCUGUGAGUGCAUGCAGACCGUGGAAGUGCCCAAGCAGCCUUGUCAUUAAAAAAGAAUCAGAUUUGGAAUUCAGACAGAUGGCCUAACUCUGCACAUUUCCCUGAGAAAUCUGGCUUUUUCAGGUGACUCCUGAAGUAUGGCUGACCACAAUAGUUCCUCCUGCAAUAACCCUAUAAGGUCACCCCAUUUAACCAGGCUCUACUUCAUAGUGCUCUUUGGAGGGCUGGUGGGCAUCAUCUCCAUUUUGUUCCUGCUGGUGAAAAUGAACACCCGGUCUGUGACCACCACAGCAGUCAUUAACCUGGUGGUGGUCCACAGUGUUUUUCUCCUGACAGUGCCUUUUCGCCUGACCUACCUCAUUGAGCACACUUGGACAUUUGGGUUGCCCUUCUGCAAAUUUGUGAGUGCCAUGCUGCACAUCCACAUGUACCUCACAUUCCUGUUCUACGUUGUGAUCCUAGCCAUCAGGUACCUCAUCUUCUUCAAGCACAAGGACAAAGUGGAAUUCUACAGAAAACUGCAUGCUGUGGCUGCCAGUACUGCCCUGUGGCUACUUGUGAUUAUCAUUGUGGUGCCCCUGGUUGUUUCUCAGUAUGGAAUUCAUGAGGGUUAUGACAAAUACCACUGUUUUAAAUUCCAGAAAGAACUUGUUUAUGCAUAUGUGCAAGUCAUCAACUAUUUGAUAACCAUUAUCGUCAUAGUUAUUGCAGUGAUUCUCUUGGUCCUCCAGAGCAUCAUCAUUGUGUUGAUGGUGCGGAAGCUACACCACUCCUUACUAUCCCAUCAGGAGUUCUGGGCCCAGUUGAAAAACCUGCUUUUUAUAGGCGUCAUUCUUAUUUGCUUCCUUCCCUACCAGUUCUUUAGGAUCUAUUACUUGUACACUGUGGCACAUUCAAGUGACUGUAAUGACAAUGUUGCAUUUUAUAAUGAAAUCUUCUUGAGUGUAACAGCGAUUAGCUGCUUUGAUUUGCUGCUCUUUGUUCUUGGGGGAAGCCGUUGGUUUAAGCAAAAGAUAAUUGACCUAUGGAAUUGCCUUUUGUGCCGUUAACCACAAAGUAUAGUAUUCAGAAUUACUUCCUUAAUAUUGAGAGUGGAAACAGGAAUAGUUAUUUCAUUACUUGAUUAAAACCAUGCCUUAAUACAGCCAAAUAAAAGGACUAUAAAAUGUCAGAGCCUUCAUUUCAGCCCUUAUUUAAUUCCUACCAUCUCUGAAUGAUACAUAUACAAAGACUAGUAAUGUUCAAUUUACCUGGUGUUGCAAUACUGCAUUAUUUUCCAAUAUAAAAUAUCUACUUGGCCCAUCCAGGUACCAUGGUCUAAUGGUUUCUGAGUUUUACUAGCUUAUUUUAGUUUCCUCAGUUUGAAACAUGGUCUUUUCUUAGGCUUUGGAUUGGACUCAGCCCUCUAGUUCUUUUCAUUCCACUUAACCUUAGGUAAAUUAAUCCUGAUCAUGGUCAUUUCAAAGACACAAACUCUAUUUGGCUAACCAGAUGAGAUGACUAUUCAACUCACACCCUCACAAAAAACAGAUAAGGGGAGAGAGUAGUAAAAAACUUUUUUAGAUUACCAUAACUUUGGUGGGAAGUCACUUAUCUAGACAUCAAGAGAAACAGAUCUCUUUGUGGCCUUCUGCUAUAAUAAUUUUCUAGAUUUGUCCUUUGAAAGGUCUGGUUUAAGGACAUGGGAUCAACUCCCUCAAUAUCUCCAAAAAUCAUUUAAAAGCUUACUGAGUAUAUCUAAAAAAUGGUGAAACUGUAACUUAGACAAUAUUCCUGACCAAUAUGCUGCUAGGCAUUAAAAUGAGUUCCCAAGGGAAGUGAUUUAAUUUUCCCCCUUUCUGUUUUUUGGAGGAUUUCUAGAUAUCCUGGGCCACAAUUUAGAUUUCCCUUGCAGACAAAGUUAUACUGAAAUCUUAGAGUUCCCUCUCACCCUUAAAGUUGUGUCUUCAAUUAAUUAAAAACAGUAUUGUAAAAAAAAAAAAGAACUCUUGAGAAAUAUAUGGGAAAACCAUUAAUUUAGGCUAUGAGAUGGGGCUGCUAAAUUGAAACACAGGCUUAUGGAUUUUUUUGCCUUGUGCCCAUAUUUCUACUAUUUCCCUCAAAGUUUCACAAUCUUGAAACUUUCCAAAGAACUGAUCCAGUUUCAUAUUUGAGCCUUCAGAACCUGAAGCAAUUCAUGGUAGGAAGAGAAGAACGGAAUGAAUUAAGGUAACUUUUUUCUUUCCCCAGCAAGAUAAAUGUUCAGGAUUUAAAGAUUUUUCUUUAUUUGUUAUACUCUAUGCAUCCACAAAUUUAUCAGAUGAAUAAGAAAUACCCCUGGAGGUUUUAUGAUCACUAAAAUUGCUGAGUCAUAUAAAUUAAUUUUGAGGAAGAAAAAGCAACAACAUACAUACAUGACUUAUCCAAAUUUUUUCCUGCUUUAAACUUUCACUUAUUCAUCUUUCUUUCUUUUUAAGUUAUAGUUAUAGUUUUUAAAUUUCUUAUUUGUCUUCUUUUCCCACCUUUUCUUAGUUUUUUCCUUCUCAUUUGACCCAUAAUAUUUGUAAGAAAAUUUCUAAGACCCAAAAAAGUUGUGAGAAAAUUUGUUACACCCAUAAAAUGUGUAAGAAAAUAAUUAUAGUAAAAUAUUUUAAAAAUUAUUUAUGAAAAUUACAUCAUUUCUCUUCUUAUAUAUCCAUAUCUUACUGUCAUAAUAUCUGUUAGCUUGUAGAUUGUAUUGCUCUUCCAGACUUUAAAUUAUGUUGAGGUCUGGCAAUUAUGCUUUUCUCUGUAUUAUCAGAUAUUAUAAUAAAGGGCCUAUUUUUGUGGACCUAUAAGAAAUACUAUCCCAAAUAUAGAAAUGCAAUAUAUAAAAUAUCUUAUUCAUUAAUAUUUACAGAAUAAACAAAAAAUUUCAAUUUGC